UUUUCUGCAAUGAAGUUGACCAAGAAUUCACUUCUCCGAUCUGCAUCGUCAACUAAGCUUAUCAACCACAACAAAUAACAAAUCUGUUCCAAACAUUUCUAGGUGUGCGUAUGUGAGGGUUAACUAACGUAGUGGACAUCUUUUCAGUUUUGGGAACAAAUUUGUAGUCUGUUUGAGUUUGCCUUGCACAAUCAAAGGAAGUCAAAAUGCCCUUUACACCAAGGGAACCAAAUAGGUGCAAGAGGUGUAGUGGAGCGGUUUACGAUGCCGAAAUGCAGAAGGACUCGGGCGGUGGUUUCUGGCAUAAAAGAUGCUAUAUAUGCAAAAACUGUUCGGAUAAUAAAAAGACUACGAAAUUGGACAGUACGACUUGCUGCGAUAACGCAGGUGAGAUCUACUGCAAGGCAUGCUAUGGUGCAUUGUUUGGCCCAAAGGGAUACGGAUUUGGCGGGGGAGCUGGAGCACUAACCCGCACACAGAACAACUCGCUUCAUCAAGUGCGCGUUACUCGCGAAACGACCGCAUACUCUACGCUUUCAGUGAACUAUAUAAGAUUGGAUUCUAGAAGAAUGGCGGAUAAAGAAAGGUGUCCUCGUUGCAAGGACAGGGUGUACAUGGCAGAGCAGGUUCUUGCUGGGUCACAGAAGUACCACAAACGUUGCUUUACUUGCAAUAACAAGCCGUCUUGCAACAAGUCCUUAGAUAGUGGUACCUUUAACGAUCAUGAGGGGCAGGUGUACUGCAAGGGUUGCUACGGCAAACUUUUUGGCCCAAAAGGUUAUGGAUAUGGUGGUGGAGCUGGUGCCCUUCAUUUGACUGGAAAGUGAACAAUGCCCGAGGGGAUAUCAUCAGCUACUAGUUUGUUAGUUUUGAACUUCACAAGUGCAUCACAUUUCCACUUUCUUGAUCAUGUUAUGUCAUAAGUAUUUCA